CUAAUAAAGGAAGUAAGGUUUCUCCCCAAAAAUUUCGUCCGUUUUUGAACUACCCUCCAUUUUCAGUCGAAAUUACAUGGAUUGCCACCGCCCAGGUGAAAAAACGGUUGACCACAGCCCAAUCGACCAUAGCCUGCCGUCCAAAAUCGAUCCCCGCCGCCGACCGCUCGAACGCCGGUGACUGGCACCACCACUCGCCCGACACCACCCGCUCAAACCGAGAUGGAGCCGCCGCCCUCCUCCGUCAUGAGGUAUAGUACCCCCGUUCUGACCUCGAUCUCUCGCCUUUGAACCGGUGCAGAUCAGGGGAGGAUGGUGGGGCGGAGCACGUCGACCAGUUCCCCGAGCCGCGGGCGGGGUGGACGCACACCCGAUGAAAUUAUUGUGGAGAUGAAGCCGCCCUCGGAGGCCGUCACCAAGGCAGCCCCUGGUUCGGCCCCGGACUGGGGCGCGGCCGCAAUGGAGCUAAGCGCGGAUCUUGGAUUUCCAGUCGGAUUUUCUAUCCGCAUCGGCCAUGAUGGAUGCUUCGGCGAUAGGACAGGGCUUCUGAUUCUAGCUGUGAAGUCUUGAUCUGGUGCUUCCCCUGUUGCUGGUUGCGUCCUGUCUCAUCCUGUGUGGAGGAGCUCCAGUGUCAGCUCUGCUGCUGAAGCGCCAUGGCCCAUGGCUCUGCGUGCGUCGUCGCCCUGCUGUUCUGAACUUCUGAUGCAGUUCCGCGAUAAGCUCACACUCAUGCGAGGAGUGGCUGCUCUUGUCUGAUCCCCUUCUGCUAGCAAGGAAAUUAGGAGAGCACCCUAUCGAUUUCCUCACGCAAACUUGUCGGAUCUGCUACGCCUGCGUGUAAUAGCCCCAGCCUUAUGGGUAACCCCUUUCAAUCAACAACAUUUUUUCUAUUAUUCAUCAACGUAUUGAUUUUUGGAGGUAGCUGAAUUAUAAAUGAGAAAUAGCAAUCUACCAAUUGCUGAGCUGACGUGGUUGCAACUUCAGUUGAUUUGAGGCUUCCUCUAUUUUUUUAAAGAUAGUGGCUCCGCUCAUGGAGGAAAAGGUGUGGUUUCUUGCAAUUUGCAGGCUAUGUGCGACGAACAAGAUGGAAAUCCUCAGGGAAAAGCUGAUUGAUAGUUGUUUGACCUGAUUACUGAGGUACUACGUCAUAAUAUUGUCUGACCUAAUUACCGAGUUAUGUGAAUGAACGGGUCCCAGAUCGCAACGGAGCACCAAGGCUGCUUCAAUGUACCAAGGCUGCUUCAAUGUAUUAACAGAAGACUUGUAAAAUCUGAAGAUGCUAUUAUUAUCUUAAUUGUGCUAAAUCUCAAUUCGCAUUCAUAAUCUGAAGGUGCUAAUUUCUUUGCAAGCUCGUAGAGAAGCUUAAGAACACGCAUGCUAAUUUUAGAUAUUGUUGUGUUACUACCAUGUUAACUUUCCUAAAUCUCAAUUCACAUAUCAUAAUAUAUCAAAUUUUGAUUUUGAUAUUUGCAGCACUACCUGCAUUUAGCUAUGACAUGUUCACUUUUCAGUACCAUCAGUGAUUCUGGUAUUGUGUUUGACCAUACCUGAAGAAUUCUAGAAAAGAGGGCACAUGCCAGAAAUCAGCAAACAAAUUCACUUCAGCGCACAACAGAGUUUUGAUGCUGGUAAUGUACCUCUCAACCAAGAAGUGAUUUGUUAGAGCUGACAACAGCGACCAAAUGGUUGAGCAAAUUCUAAAGUUGGUCUCCAUACCAAGUACAUAUUGUAGCAUGUGUAGGCGAGAAUGAAGUGCGGAUUCAAGAUUAGGUUGGCCAAAGAGAAUAAAGGUAUAGCCUGGCAGCAAAACACACACCAACACCAAACAAGCUUGACUAUCUCUGGCAUUACUCAACACGUAACGUACCUACGGCCGGUGCUCAAUGGCAGCGAUGCCAGCGUGCUUGGUCACGCUCGUCGUGGCCCUCACGAUUCUCCUUUCGCGGGGGCAGGUUUCUGCAGCGCCGGCGACUGCUGAGAGGCGGCGGGAGGUGCGAAGCUUCCUCAGGCGGCUCAACAAACCUCCUCUCGCCACCGUUCAGAGCCCAGAUGGAGAUGUCAUAGACUGUGUGCACAUCUCCAAACAACCUGCAUUCGACCACCCUCUCCUCAAAAAUCAUACUAUCCAGAUGCGGCCAUCUUGCCACCCAGGAGGCAUGUAUCAUGAAUCCCAUAUUACACACCAUCCGAUCAACCAAACAUGGCAUCUAAAUGGAAAGUGCCCUGAGAACACCAUACCAAUCCGAAGGAUCAAGGAAGAGGAUGUCCUAAGGGCCAGUUCCAGGACGAGGUAUGGAACGAAGAGGACGGGGAGCAUCCCAAACAACAAUUCAAUCGAUGACCCUGAGACACCCAAUGUAUUGAGGGGACACCAGCAUGCUGUAGCAUCUGCACAGGUUGAUAAGUGCUAUGGAACUAAAAUCUCCAUCAAUUUGUGGCAACCAAUGAUUUCAAGGGCCAACGACUUUAGCUUAGCGCAACUUUGGAUCAUUGGGGGUUCCUAUAGUGGCAAUGACCUCAAUACAAUUGAAGCAGGAUGGCAGGUUUACCCGCAUUUCUAUAGCGAUAACAAUCCUAGGCUCUUCAUCUAUUGGACUAGUGAUGCAUAUAAAACAACAGGAUGCUACAACUUACUAUGCUCAGGGUUUGUCCAAACAAACAAUCAGAUCGCCAUUGGUGGUAGCAUCUCCUCAAUCUUCUCCACCUAUGGUGGCACACAAUAUGACUUCGAAAUUUUAGUUUGGAAGGACCCUGAGGGGGGAAAUUGGUGGCUGCAAGUGGGAAGCAUUGAUGUGGGGUACUGGCCAUCUUCCAUCUUCUCCUACUUGGCAGAUAGUGCCUCCUCUGUCAUGUGGGGUGGCGAGGUAUUUUCACCUGAUGCUGGCCAAACUUCCACCCGGAUGGGUAGUGGACAUUUCCCAAAGGAAGGGUUCGGUAAGGCUAGUCACAUGAAGAACAUCCAACUGGUAGAUUCGUCCAACUAUCUAAGACCACCAAAUGAUGUACAGUUGGUAACUGAGCAGCCCCACUGCUAUAACGUGCGAAAUGGUAUUAGUGACGACUGGGGCACUUAUAUCUACUAUGGGGGACCUGGGAAGAACCCGUACUGCCCGUAGGAAAGUCGAAUUGCCAUGAGUACCCAUUUGGUAAUACUCCCUUUAUAUAUAAGGCCACCACACAUUUCAAGGUAGAACUUUAACUAAUAAUUUGAGCAAUAUAAUAUGAGGUAUAUGUUACCAAAAGUAUACUAUUGCAUUCAUAUUUAAAAUAUGCUUCCAACUAUAUGUUUUUGGUGUUAUAUAACUUAUAUUUAUUGAUUAAAUUGUUAAUCAAAGUUUUGGCUCGAAAUACUUAGUGGCAUUAUAUAUGAAAACAUAGGAAUUAUAAUACUUUAUGCAUUACUAGAGACCCAUUAGUAUUGUUAGGGUCCAUAGUAAUGCAAGUAGUAUGUGUUGCCACGUAUGGAGUUGCAAUACCUAAUUACUAUAUGUGUGCGGCUGCAUUGCUAAGAGGUGUAAACAAGCAUUAGAAGCUCACAACAAUUGUAAUCUUGUUUCACCGUAUAUUUGGGUAUAUGUAAUAAGCAGCUUUUAUCAUUUAUAGUUACAUAUGUAUAUGCACUA